GUGUGCGAUGAUGUCAAGGACGGCGUGUUUGGCGGUGCGGUUUCACCUGCGGAACCAGAACUGGGAGGCUUUGAGUCAUCUGAAGAGAUUAAGAGUCAUCUUUUGAGGUUUUUUUUGAAAAGAAAGAAAAAUAUGUGUGGGAUGCCUGGCUGUCAACAACAGAGAAGCAGCCGGGAAAGGAGACGGUGAGUUGCGUUGCGUUAAGUGAAGCAUUUGGACGAAAUAGCACUGCCGUUCCGGCCGAGGUCCCUCCCGUCGGUGGCGUCCUCACCAUGAGCACCCACGCUCGCCGCAUCCGCCUGAAGCCCUGGCUCGUGGCCCAGGUGAACAGUGGCCAGUACCCAGGCCUCCGCUGGGUGGACGUGGAGCAGAAGCACUUCUGCAUCCCGUGGCGCCAUGCCACGCGCCACAUCCCUAGCCCGGACGACGAGAACACCAUAUUCAAGGCCUGGGCCAAAGAAACAGGGAAAUACAAUGAAGGGGUGGACGAGCCGGAUCCGGCCAAGUGGAAAGCCAACUUGCGCUGCGCCCUCAACAAGAGCCGAGAGUUUCAUCUCAUCUACGACGGGACGAAGGACACCCCGAUGCAACCUUACAAGAUCUACGAGGUUUGCGAUUUGCCACAGCCCAACGGAGAGCCUUUUGCAGGAGAUGACCCCACGGGCUGCGAAGAUGAGGAAGAGUUACAGAAGAUGCUGCCGACACUAAGAAUUGCGGAUCCAGUCCAUCGAAGAGAGCCCCCGCCCCCUUACCCGUGGCUGAAGCAAGAGGCGCCGCACCCCAGUACCUGUGGCAACGGACCGUUCCCCCAGCUGGCGCACCCCGAGCUCCCCAUCUUGACCUCUCCGUCUCCUUUCGCCGUCGCCGGCAGGGAACCCGUGGUGCCCCCUUUUCCUGCGGAGCCGGCCGUCCAGAUGGGCCUGCCCUCCGGGAACCUCGCCGUGCCGGGAGAGCUGGAACCCGUGCCCCAGGGGAGCUGCCCGAUGGAUCACUCCAUCCCAAACCUGUUGAUCAGCCCGCACAUGUUACCCCUGACGGACCUAGAGAUCAAGUUCCAGUAUCGGGGCCGCUCUGUGGGCUCUCUCACCAUCAGCAACCCCCAUGGCUGCCGCCUCUUCUACAGCCACCUGAAGCCCACGCAGGAGCAGGUGGAGCUUUUCGGGCCGAUGACGCUGGAGCAGGUCCGUUUCCCCAGUGCGGAAGCCGUGCCCAACGAGAAGCAGCGCUUCUACACCCGCCAGCUGCUGGAUGUCUUGGAUCGGGGCCUCAUCCUGGAGCUGCAGGGCCAGGACAUCUACGCCAUCCGGCUGUGCCAGUGCAAGGUCUUCUGGACAGGGCCGUGCGCCGGUGAGCUGGCGGGCCCCAAUCCCAUCGAGCGGGAGAAGAAGAUCAAGCUGUUUAGCCUGGAGAGUUUCCUCAACGGCCUCAUCAUGUUCCAGAAAGGUCAGAGCACCACGCCACCGCCCUACGAAAUUUUCUUCUGUUUUGGAGAAGAGUGGCCAGAUCAGAAGCCGAAGGAGAAAAAGCUGAUCAUGGUGCAGGUGGUUCCGGUCGCUGCCCGCCUCUUGCUGGAAAUGUUCUCCGGGGAGCUGUCCUGGUCGGCCGACAGCGUCCGGCUCCAGAUCUCCCACCCGGAUCUCAAGGACAAGAUGGUGGAACAGUUUAAGGAGCUCCACCACCUCUGGCAAGCCCAGCAGAGCAUCCCGGUCUCGAACCCGGAGCCAGCUGAGGCCGAGACGUGGCCCAUGCAGACGGGCAACGGCAUGCAAUAGCCGGGGCCGGGGCCACCACCGGCGAGACAGGACAGGCCCCCGACGGCUCGUCUCCCACACUUGGCUUCUGUAGGGUUUUCAUGGCUCUGGCUUGGACCCUAUGCUCCCCCUUUUCUCUGGUACUGUGACGUCCAUGAGACAAGAGAACCAGGACAGAAGAGCUCUCUCUCCCUGGGAUGGAUGGCGAAGAAGCCUGCGGGCAUGAGCGCUCAUGACAAAGGGGAGCACCACCUAUAUAUAUAUGUAUUUGCUUUGAACUCUUACCAAGCCUAAGAAGAGGCACACCAGCUCUUUCGAACGAAAGGGAAAUGUAGCGCAGGAGAAAGUCACCGGUGUGGACUGUGCCGCAAAGACAGGGGACAGAGCCAUGGGAGGGGCUCCUGGGGGGGCAGACCGGGACCCCAGGAAGGACUGGGCUGUGAGCCAAGGGGAAGGUUCAAACUUUGAACCCGAGUCACCUCGUAGCAAAACGGCAAGCUGUGCCACGCGGAAAGAGCAGGAAACUCAGCGCAGCUGCUGAGACAGCCCAAACCUCUGGCUCUCCAGAAAGCUGCGGAUGGGCUUGGCGCCAGCGCUUGAACAGGUCGGGGCCUUUGGGUGGGUGGGGGAUUGGGGUGUCUUUGAACAACGAAAGACUGGAUUGUGACCGAGGGGGUUCAGCUUUGGCCUCGUGUCUGCUAGAGACUGCAUGUUGGCCUGGUUGGGCUCCGGACUUCC